GAUGAAGGUCGCGCAUUGGUCAACUGGUCAGCGUACGUCCCAGAUGACGAACACCCGUCAACGCACUGCUAUCGUCCCUGCCGCCGUCAUGGCCUCGAGCACCCGCGCCCGCGUCCUGCCCGAGCUCUUCCAGCACAUUGCGCUCUUCCUGCCGUCGUCGCUGGACAUGGCCUCCUUCCUCACCGCUCUGCCGUCGAGCCUGCGCACGCCGGCGCUCGAGAGCCUCUUCAUGCUCCACUGCGCGGUCGCCCAGAGCCGCCUCUACUUUCCCAAGUCCGACCCGACGUACCCGCGCCGCGUGCACCUGUGGCCCAACCUCGUCUUGCCACGCUACAUUGCCGAGGCCGAGAUUGCCGUUUGGAUUGAAAAGGUCAUGGUGCUCUACCCUGUCGUCGAGGUGCAGCACGUCGCCGUGCCGCUGCCGUACCCGCUGCUACCGAGCACCAAGCUCGCGUUUGACUAUCCCAUCUACCCGCACGAGCUCGAGCUCGUCUUGCGCCACUGGAAGGACCGCGCGAUAUCGAUCCUGCUCCUCAUUUCCGACAACGGCCAGCCGCACCGGGGCAUGACGAUGGAUGCGACCAUCGACGUGAUCCUCCGCGCGCUGCAGUCGCUGCCGGCGCUGCGCCAGCUCGAGCUCUCGUGGUUUGGCGCGUCCAUGCCGCUGCGGUUCCCGAGCGUCCUCUACGCGAUGACGACGUCGCCGAUCACCAAGGUCGACUUUCGCGACUGCCAUGUCGAGUGGGACCAGGCCAUGGUUGUGACGCUCUCCCAUUGGCUCACGACCAAGCCGCUCGUAUCGUUGGUCUUGCCCAAGACCAGCAUGCACGUGGGCAGCUUGCCACUGCUGCGCGCCGCGCUGUGGGCCUCGCGCACGCUCCGUUCGCUGUACGUCUCGCAGGCCAACGUCGUGCUCGAGCUGCUCAGCGCGCUGUUCCAGCUGCCGCCGACAUUGACGUCCUUGACGCUCAAGCCGUGCCGGUACGCCGACCUCCCGACGCUCCUAACCGCGCUUGACAAGAGCCACUUGACGACGCUUCAGCUGGGCUUUGCACCGGCGCCGCCCUUGACAACGACGCCGGCCAUUGCGACGCUGCUCGAAGUGACGCUGCCGAGCAUGACGCGCCUCACCAAGCUGCGCCUGGACCGCAUCCCAAUCUCGCCCGUCGGCAGCAACGCGCUGGCCGCGAUCUUGCCGCGCCUUGUCGAGAUUGUGCUGAAAGACAACGUCCUUCUCGACAUGGGCGUGCUCGUGCUCGUGUCGGCGCUGCCGCGCUGCAAGAAGCUCCAGAAGCUGCGCCUCUCCAAGCAAAGCUGCACCGACACGUCGGCGAUGGCCCUUGCGCGCCUGCUACCGCUCUGCCCCGAGCUCCGCGAACUCGACUUGUCGGAAAACUGCAUCCAGUGCCCCGGCGCGAUUGCCUUGAGCGCGGUGAUCCCAUGCCUCGACGACCUCUCUCUGAGCAGCAACGAGGUUGGGCCGGACGGCGCGGUCGCACUCGUGCAGGCCAUGGCCCGACACGCGGGCACAGCGCUUAUGACGUGGCUUCUCCUCGACUUCAACCCGCUCGGCGAAGAAGGCGUUCUAUCGGUCGUCGACGUGGUCGCGGCGAGCGCUCACCGCUUUGGCCACAUUGACCUCCGCUGCACGGUCGAAGACCCGAUUGAGAUCGUGAAUUGCGAAGCGGCGAUCGAGGCCAUGCCGUAUCACGAAUGGUGCUGGUGGGACGCCUAAUGACGCCGCUACAUCCUCUAAAUACAGAUCACGACUCGAUAUGUCGUCGCCUGCAACCUGCAGGCGCCUCGCAUGUCGCCGCCGCUUCGACACCCGUUGCCUUCGCGCUCGCCGCCACCCGCUUGCGCCCGUACUAGGCCUAACGAUGAUGAACGAACCACCCUUGCUCGUGUGCUGC